UGACAUUUCGACGUAUCGACGAAUUAUUCUACGCAUGGAAUUCAUCGUAACCACAAUGAACACCAGCGCGAAUAUAUGUGCAUUCUUGUUUCUAACAAUUGGAUUCGUCGCAGGGAAAACUUGUGAUAUACCAUCGUUUCUGAAGAUAUGCCACCGCAACGAUCCGAAGCUGAACGAAUGCGUAAAGCAAAGCAUCGACUUGUUAAGACCUUAUCUGAAGGCGGGCAUUCCAGCAUUGAAAAUACCAUCCUGUGAGCCACUUCGCGUGCCACGGAUUGAAAUUAGCCAGUCAGCCGGUCCAGUUUCCAUCAGAUCGACGUAUACCGACAUUGAGGUUCAAGGUGGAACGAGUUUCAUCUUAAAAAGCGUUAAGGUCGAUGUCGAUGAUAAUCGCGUUAGGUUGAAACUAUACCUUCCACGUCUUAAGAUGAACGCUAGCUACAAUAUAGAAGGAAAUAUUCUGAUGUUGCCUAUAAACGGAAACGGAUUGAUGCGUGGUAACCUUUCGGAUAUUGACGUCAUAUCCACUGUCCAAGGCGAGCGUUAUCAAUCUCGAGAAACUGGUGAGACUCAUUAUCGGGUCACCGACUUGUACGUAGACUUCAACGUUGGACAAGCCAAUAUCCAUAUGGACAAUUUGUUCAACGGUGACAGUACUUUAUCCAAUGCCAUGAACCUCUUUUUAAACAACAACUGGGAUAUUGUGGAGGCCGAAAUUAAGCCAGCUCUCGAGAAUGCCGUUUCGGAUAUCUUUAAGACGUUCUCGAAUAAGAUUUACUCGAAAUUUCCAUUGGACACAUUGCUGCCACCUUAAACGCAUUUUCGUUUUGCACUUAUUCUUUGUAUGUAAAUAGAUUGUAGAAAUUAUUA